GCUGUGGUGAAUUUCAGUGUCGAGGAUAUGAAUCCUCUCGUCACCACAAACUAUGGGAAACUGCGUGGAUUAAAGACCCCUUUGCCCAAUGAGAUCCUGGGCCCGGUGGAACAGUACCUGGGGAUCCCAUAUGCCCUGCCCCCCACGGGGGAAAGGAGAUUCCAGGCCCCCGAACCCCCCGCCUCCUGGCCUGCCAUACGGAACGCUACUCAGUUCGCUCCCGUUUGUCCGCAGUACCUCGAAGACCGGUUUCUGCUCAGCGACAUGCUACCCGUGUGGUUCACUGCCAAUUUGGACACGGUGGCCACCUACGUGCAGGACCAGAGCGAGGACUGCUUGUACCUGAACAUCUACGUUCCCACAGAGGAAGAUAUCCAUGAUGAGAACGGUCUGAAGCCGGUGAUGGUGUACAUUCAUGGUGGAUCAUAUAUAGAAGGCACCGGGAACAUGAUUGAUGGCAGCAUCCUGGCAAGCUAUGGAAAUGUCAUCGUAGUCACCAUCAACUACAGACUUGGAGUUUUAGGCUUUCUUAGCACAGGGGACCAAGCCGCUAAAGGGAACUAUGGAUUACUUGAUCAGAUCCAGGCACUCAGAUGGAUAAAGGAAAACAUUCAAGCUUUUAACGGAGACCCAAAGAGGGUGACCAUAUUUGGAUCUGGAGCAGGAGCCUCUUGUGUCAGCCUUCUGACCCUGUCACACUACUCAGAAGAUCUCUUUCAAAAGGCUAUUAUUCAGAGCGGCACAGCUCUGUCAAGCUGGGCUGUCAACUACCAGCCGGCCAAAUACACGCGGAUGCUGGCGGAGAAGGUUGGAUGCAACAUGGCGGACACAGUCGAGCUGGUCGAGUGCCUCCAAAACAAAAACUACAAGGAGCUCGUUGAGCAGAGUGUCACUCCUGCUAAGUAUCACAUUGCCUUUGGGCCUGUUAUUGACGGCGACGUGAUCCCAGAUGAUCCGCAGAUCUUAAUGGAGCAAGGGGAGUUCUUGAAUUACGACAUCAUGCUGGGAGUGAAUCAGGGCGAGGGCUUCAAGUUUGUGGACGGCGUCGUCGACAGCGAGGACGGCGUGCCCGGGAACGAGUUCGAUUUCGCCGUGGUGGAUUUUGUCGACCACUUGUACGGCUACCCGGACGCCAAAUACACUCUGCGGGAGACCAUCAAGUUCAUGUACACGGACUGGGCCGACAAAGAGAACCCGGAGACGCGCAGGAAAACCCUGGUGGCGCUUUUCACGGACCACCAGUGGGUGGCGCCGGCGGUGGCCACGGCGGACCUGCACGCCCAGUACGGCUCCCCCACCUACUUCUACGCCUUCUACCACCACUGCCAGAGCGACAUGAAGCCCAGCUGGGCCGACUCGGCGCACGGAGACGAGGUCCCGUACGUGUUCGGGAUCCCCAUGAUCGGCCCCACCGACCUCUUCAACUGCAACUUCUCCAAGAACGACGUCAUGCUGAGUGCCGUGGUAAUGACGUAUUGGACUAAUUUCGCCAAGACUGGAGACCCAAAUCAGCCUGUGCCCCAGGACACCAAGUUCAUCCACACCAAACCGAACCGUUUUGAAGAGGUGGCCUGGUCCAAGUACAACCCCAAGGACCAGCUGUAUCUGCACAUCGGGCUGAAGCCGCGCGUCCGCGACCACUACCGCGCCACCAAAGUGGCCUUCUGGCUGGAGCUGGUGCCGCAUCUGCACAACAUCAACGAGCUCUUUCAGUACGUGUCCACCACCACCAAGAUCCCUCCGCAGGACACCACGCCGUUCUCCUACACCAAGCGCCUGUCGGGGAAGCUGUGGCCGUCCACCACGCGGCACCCCGCCACCCCCAACACCAACAACAACAAGCAAGUCACCGACCAGCAGACGCCCGACACGGCGGAGGAGACCGGCGUGGUCAUCGAGACGCGGCGGGACUACUCGACGGAGCUGAGCGUGACCAUCGCCGUGGGCGCCUCGCUGCUCUUCCUCAACAUCCUGGCCUUCGCCGCGCUCUACUACAAGAAGGACAAGCACCGGCACGAGUCGAGCCGGCGCCUCAGCCCCCAGCGGAACCUGAGCAACGACAUCGCGCACAUCCAGAACGAGGAGCUGCUGUCCCUGCAGAUGAAGCAGCUGGAGCACGAGCACGAGUGCGAGUCGCUGCAGGCGCACGACACGCUCCGGCUCACCUGCCCGCCCGACUACACGCUCACGCUGCGCCGCUCCCCCGACGACGUGCCGCUAAUGACGCCCAAAACCAUCACCAUGAUCCCCAACUCGCUGGCAGCCAUGCAGCCCCUGCACCCCUACAGCCCGUUCAACUCGCAAAACAACACCAGCAUCCCCCACGGACACUCUACCACCAGAGUAUAACUCGCCCCAGCAGACUGUGCCAUGCACCAGCUCAGACUAUUUCGAUCGGAAAAUAUGUACAGUAUAUAUCUGUGUCUGAGCAAAGAGACACAUAAAUGUUAUUUUGUUACGGAUUAUACUUAUGAAUAACAAAAAAAAAGUUGAACUUGACUAACAUUAAAAUAUAAAAAGGUGAAUGUAGAACAAUUUUAGCAUUCGUAUCUUAUUUUGUGGUGAGACAAGA